AUGACUCGGGUACGUCAUCGCGUUGACGUAAAGGAGACCUACCCUCUGGUGGUCUCCGCGUGGAGGGGGCGGGGCGAGGGCGCAGAAGGCGGCGCGGCCGGGCGCUCGUUGAGCCCGCGCGCUCGGGUUGGGAGGGAGGCUUCGAGGAGGCGAAGAGGGAGCCGGAAAGCGGUGCGGUCGGGCCUUUUUUUUUCUUCUCCGCGCGUGAUAUGGGCGGAUGGAGCCGCGCUGACUCUCCCGGAAGCCAUUGCCAGGGGUGGCGGGCCGAGGGAGCGCUCCUUCAACGCCCCUCAGCUGCCUGGCCAGGUUCCAGAAGCAUUCUCUCCUGACGUUUCGCCCACAUCUGUGGCAGGCAUCCUCAGAGGUUGUGAGAUCUGUAGGAAACGAGAACACAUCAUGCGAGGUGCGGGGCUUGACAAAUCCAAGGUCGGAGUUAAAAUUGCUGGAAGAAACAUUAACAACCUUGGGUAUGCAGAUGAUACCACUCUGAUGGCUGAAAGUGAGGAGGCGCUGAGGAGCCUUAUCACCAAGAUGCCUGGCUCACCUCUCCAUAUUUCAAUGGGCAGCAAUGCCAGGAUUAGCAGACGCUUAACCAGAGGCAUCUCACAUGGCAGGGACUCUGUUUUGAAUAUGCUGGUUUUAUGGACUCUAAAUGUCUCCCUAUUACUGCCACACUGCACUACUGGAUAGCAGGCUGAAGCCAAAGCAGAUGGCUCCUUCUACGACAAAAGGCAAACUCACCUGAGUAUAAAACAGCUGAAGAGAAAUGUCUGUAUUUCCCUUGCUUUAUGGCUUCUGAUCGUCUGGAGUAACAAAAACACUAAGCUUUACUACUUUUGCACAAACCCUCUUUGCACCCUAUGAGCAUCUUGCAAAUGUGUGCUGGGAAGCUAGACAGAGGUAGUGACUUGAGUCUGGCUUCUGCUAGAAGAAACUGCAGGGCAUCUAGGCAAGUCAUAUAUAUGCCAUACUGUCAGGUCCAGAAAAACCAUGGAUAGGUUCACCUAAGGCUUGCCAAAAAUUGGAAAUGACUUGAAGGCACACAACAACAACAAGAUAUUACAAAGAAACAUACAGCGUCAAUGUCCUCUCACCUAAAGGGAAUGACAGCCUCUAGCACUGUCACUGAACUUCUUAGAAAAGGAUGGGGGCGACAAAUAUUUUGUACAUCUCCGGAGGCAAGAAUAGGUAGCAUGAAGUAUAAAGUUACUGCCUUAAGACAAUAUGAAGCUUCAGGAAUUUGUGAUUAUACAUUCCACCACUGACACUCCCUGUGGCCUAUGGGGUAUCAUUAAUCUACUCUGGUUCUGUUUCCUCAUCAAUUUAGUAAAAUAUUCAAGGUGUAUUAAUGGUGCUUUAAUGUAAAACAAACCACAGAAAAAAAUAUUUUUUCAACAAUUUUAUAGCGAUAGUCUGCUGUGUCACACAAUCUAAAACAAUGCUGGGAUUCAUUUUUAUUGCUUUCUUGAUUUGUAGCCUUUAUUAAAUGCUAGUUUACAGUCAAAGGAUAAACAUUUUCUUAUGAAAAGGCGGUGCUAAUUUCUUUUAAAAUUGGUGCCAAAAAACAAGUUUAGUAAAAAGGAGAAGUUAACACAAGUAUUCUUAACUGUAAUACAUUUUGAAGUAAUUGUUUCUUUAAUCCUUGAAAUUAAAGACCUGAUAAAAGAACA